UUCGUCGUCGUGCAGUAUCGAACAGAACGAGUCUGGCCGUCGAACGGUGAGGACCAGCCUACCUAGUUUAGUUUCUGUGCCUUUGUGAGAUAGAACGUCGACAUUUGGAGAAAAGCUGACAGAAAAGUUGAAAAAAAUCGAUCGGAGUGUCCUCCAGACCACUUGCGGAGGGUCCCUGUGCACCAGGAAGCGAAGAAAACGAAGCGUCAAGCCUUUCCUACCGUUGACUACAGCGUUUCUUCAAGAAGCGAUUAGAAAAUUGUUCGGCCACUUGAAGUAUUCCAAAGAACAAUCCGAAACAUAAUCGAUCGAGCCGAUUUCUCUGAUCUGCAUUAAUUGUCUCGAUAUUAUUGAAACAUAAGAAGUUUUCGAGAUGCUGGCAGCUUCGAUCUGUCGCGAAGUUCACUUCACAGUGUUGUCCAGCACGACUAUGGCCUCGCGCGUACCACGUUGCUUAUUCGGUAAGCCGAAUUCAAGGGAAACCGUGGAAAUGCUACAAGAGGCACUAGACGCGGAAAGGAGCAAAUUCGCUAAACGAUGGGGCGUCGAUCCACGAUCCGAGGACAAGGAGAACAAUUAUCAGAGAAAGUGCAACGACAAAUACGAACAAUCGCCUAAGAAACGGAGCAACCCAUACUCCAGGCAGACUAAUAUUCACGAUUAUUGGCGAGCUCGAAAGGUGUGCGACGUGAAUAAAAAGCCUCUCGCGACGUCGAUGGAUGCCUCGAAGCAACAGAACGAAACCACGUCGAAAACAACGAAGCCAACUAUGAAAUCAUCGAAGAAAGCGGCACAGAACUGAGGAAACAAAUCUCACGGCUACUUCCUUAUUCUGAAUUCUGUAUAUUUAUUUUCGUCGUUUGUAAAUUAUCGUCGACCAAUGUCCUUCGUUAGAGCGUAUCAAUCGCUAAUUGUUAACUAUAAUAUUAUUUUUUUGUACAUAUCGCAUCAAAUUAAUUUAUGGAGGUUUGGAUGUGCUCACUGUUACGACGAGCAAACGUAGCAAUCAAUUUUACAUUAUUUUUCUAAAGAAAAGGUCGGAUGCGACGUAUAUACACGUCGAUAGGCAAUAGGAUAGUGAUCUUCCACGAAAUUAUUUAUUAUUACAAAAGAGUAUAGGAGUCGUUUCGAAGUACAGUGAGCCAUCGAAAGCCUGAAUCGAUUGCUUCCUCUUGCGAAGCAACAAUGCAGCACCUCCAAAGAAUGAUCGAAUACGACAGGUGAAACUCCAUGUUGUUUAGUCUCGUCUUCCGAGAGAGAUUGGAGAAAGUCCUAAUUGUAUAUCUGACCGUUUAGAAUAAUGAAAAAAAAGUCUAGUCAUUUAGCUGUUUAAGUGGAAAUUUAAUAAUAAACGACAGUGCUUUCAUAACUA